CCUUCUGAAGUAGAAAUACACUAUAACAGUGAGAGAGAAGAAGGAUUCGAUCGUCGAACCAGAAGAAUCAGCCAUGGCAGGAGUAGUAGACUCAAACGACGGAGUUGUUUCUGAAAUCAUCAACUUUCUCAAUGCUUCUCCAACUGCUUUUCAUGCUGUUGAUGAGGCAAAAAGGCUCUUAAAGAAAGCAGGAUUUGAACAAAUCUCUGAAAGACAAGAUUGGAAGCUUCAAGUUGGAAAGAAGUAUUUCUUCACUAGGAAUUAUUCUAGUAUUGUUGCGUUUGCAAUCGGGAAAAAGUUUGUUGCUGGUAAUGGAUUUCAUAUUGUUGGUGCUCAUACUGAUAGUCCUUGUCUCAAGCUCAAACCUGUUUCAAAGGUAACUAAAGCAGGUUUUUUGGAGGUUGGUGUUCAAACAUAUGGAGGUGGUUUAUGGCACACUUGGUUCGAUCGAGAUUUGACUGUUGCAGGACGAUUGAUUAUAAGAGAAUCUAAAAAUGGUGCCGUUUCAUACUCACAUCGGCUCGUGAGAAUUCAAGAGCCGAUUAUGCGUAUUCCUAACCUAGCAGUUCAUUUGGACAGGAGUACGGACGGGUUUAAACCGAACUCACAAACUCAUCUUGUCCCCAUUUUGGCGACAUCUGUUAAGGCAGAGUUAAAUAAGGCAGCAGCUGGCAAUGUUUCAGCUGAAAGUGAUGGCAAGACAUCUAAUGACAAAAAGGACACUGAUGAUAAGAAGCAUCAUUCACUUCUAUUGCAGCUGCUUGCAUCUGAGGUUGGUUGUAAACUAGAAGAUAUCUGCGAUUUUGAGUUACAACUUUGUGACACCCAGCCAAGUAUUGUAGCUGGUGCUUUGAAGGAAUUUAUUUUCUCAGGAAGGCUCGAUAAUCUUUGCAUGUCAUUCUGCUCUUUAAAGGCCUUGAUAGAUUCCACGUCUUCUGAAAGCAGUCUUGAAGAUGAGCCUGGUGUAAGAAUGGUGGCAUUAUUUGAUCACGAGGAGGUAGGAUCUAACUCAGCACAAGGAGCUGGCUCUCCUGUCAUGUUUGAUGCCCUUUCAAGAGUCACAGAUUCCCUCAACUCAUCAACGUCCAAGCUGCUUGAGAAAGCAAUACAGAAGAGUUUUGUCGUGUCUGCUGAUAUGGCGCAUGCUUUGCACCCAAAUUACAUGGUAUGGCAUGUCUUGAGUUGCUUCAAACAAUUUUGCAUUUUCUGUAUUAGCUCUUUCUUAUAUGUCAUUCUCUUUCUUCAGGACAAACAUGAAGAAAAUCAUCAGCCAAAGAUGCAUGGAGGACUUGUAAUCAAACAUAAUGCUAAUCAACGCUAUGCAACCAAUGCUGUCACCUCUUUCAUUUUUCGAGAGAUUGCAGAGAAACACAACCUUCCUAUUCAGGAUUUUGUUGUUCGCAAUGAUAUGCCAUGUGGUUCAACCAUCGGUCCCAUUCUUGCAAGUGGAAUCGGUAUCCGCACAGUCGAUAUUGGUGCCCCACAACUUUCAAUGCACAGCAUUAGAGAGAUGUGCGCUGUUGAUGAUGUGAAGCAUUCCUAUCAGCAUUUAAAGGCUUUUUAUGAGGAGUUUUCUCAACUUGAUGGGAAGAUUACUGUAGACAUUUGAAUGGUCUUCCUUUGAUUUAGACUCCAAUGUUUUUAUGAGUAUUUAACUCUGUUCGUACGUAGUGGAAAGAUUCUAUUGAAGGUGAAAUGAUUGCUUUAAUGUCAAACCAUAUCUCUUGGAUUUGGGACCUUGGGAUUACUUGCGCUGAAUUGAUUUCAAGAAAAUUUGCAAAAAUUUAAUUUAAUAUAA